AUGUCGGGAACCACUAUUGAUGACGUCGUAAAGCGUCUCAGUAUUCCUGAGACGGAUACGAAAUUGAAAUUUGAAGCUGCGACGACUUUACGCGAUAGUUUGGAUCACUACACCAAUGGUCCUAUAUACUCCCCGUUCCUUAAGAGAUUGAUGCCCAUUUUCAUCAACAUCUUGCGCGGACAAUGUAUUUUUCAAAGCAACAACAUGGAGCAGAGGCUCCGCCACUGCAUUUUAGAGGUCUUGCAUCGUCUUCCCACCAGCCCUUCGCCGACCGAGCCCUUCGAGCCUUUCGCCCCCGAGAUUGUCGACUUGUUGAUGGGUCUUGUUCGGAACGAUAACGAGGAAAAUGCUACCCUUUGCGUCAAGAUUAUCUCGGACAUCAUGCGCCACCAGCACAAGGUGCUGCAGGGCAAGGUCCAGGAUUUCUUGACACUCAUUCAAGAGCUGUUUGAACAGAUGGAGAGCGUCGUCAGAGAACAGCUGGAUAACCCGACAGGCCCCGGAAAUUCGCAGCCUGUAAACUCACAGCUCGCAGCAGCCGCCGCGCCGUCGACGCCAGGAAGCACCCAGACCAAUUUCCAGUCUCCUCGGCCGGGAUCGCCUGUAGCCGCCGUUCCUGAUCUUGGACCGGAUCCUCAGCAACAGAAUAGAUCGCUUUUGAAGGGCAUGCGGUCCUUCAAGGUCCUGUCCGAAUGCCCCAUCAUCGUUGUUUCGAUUUUCCAGAUCUACCGCAACACUGUACAACAAAAUGUCAAGGCAUUUGUUCCAUUAAUAAAAAAUGUGCUUUCGGUACAGGCCAGUGCUCAGCAGCAAGCACACACGGAUGCUGCCGCCAAAGGCCAAAUCCAUACUGGUGUUAGUUCAGGCAUUAAGAAUAGGGCUGCUUUCGGUGACAUGAUCACGGCGCAAGUCAAGACAAUGAGUUUUCUGGCCUAUCUGCUUAGACAGUAUGCAAACCAGCUCUCAGACUUUCUCCCUAAUUUGCCCGGAAUAGUGGUUAGGCUGCUCAAGGACUGCCCGCGAGAGAAGUCCGGUACUCGGAAGGAAUUGCUAGUCGCUAUCCGGCAUAUCAUCAACUACAACUUCAGGACCAUUUUCCUUCCAAAGAUCGAUGAGCUUUUGGAUGAGCGAACUUUGACGGGCGACGGUCUUACUGUUUAUGAAACUAUGCGACCUUUGGCGUAUAGCAUGCUGGCUGAUCUCAUUCAUCAUGUGCGGGAUUCUUUGAGCCCUGAGCAAAUUCGCAAGACUGUUGAGGUCUACACCAAGAAUCUCCAGGAUAAUUUUCCCGGGACGAGCUUUCAAACAAUGAGCGCCAAGCUUCUGCUUAACAUGGCUGAAUGCAUUGCAAAGCUACCCAACAAGAACGAUGCUCGACACUACUUGAUCAUGAUCCUUAAUGCUAUUGGAGACAAGUUUGCCGCCAUGAAUCGCCAAUAUGAUAAUGCGAAGAAGCUGUCGAAGAUAUACCACCAACAAUUGGAGGGUGGCCAACCGGAUCCACAAACUGAGAAGGAUAAGGCGCCUGAAUGGGACGAGAUCGAUAUCUUCUCAGCUAUGCCGAUUAAGACAUCAAAUCCCCGAGACAGGGCUAAUGACCCAGUGGCAGACAACAAAUUCCUGUUUCGAAAUCUUAUGAAUGGCUUGAAGAACACAUUUUACCAGCUUCGAACCUGCAAUGUCGAUCUUAAGCUUGACAUUGCUACGGUUCCAACCCACUGGCAGGACGUUUCCUAUGGCUUCAACGCAGAGGAGGUCGAGGUGAUCGUCAAGCUUUUCCGUGAGGGUGCCUAUGUCUUCCGCUACUAUGAGAUCGAGAAGCCAACAGCCGAGCCUCAAUAUUCUUCUCCUGUGGAGUACAUGGCAAACUUCUAUAUGAUCUCCAGUAGUAAGGAAGAGAAGGAGCUUCUUGAGACUUUUGCCACCGUCUUCCACUGCAUCGACCCUGCCACAUUUCACGAGGCUUUUCAACGGGAGAUCCCAAGGCUCUAUGACAUGAUUUUCGAGCAUACUGCCCUUCUGCAUAUUCCUCAGUUCUUUCUUGCUAGCGAAGCAACAUCGCCAAGUUUUUGCGGGAUGCUUCUCCAAUUCUUGAUGGAACGCAUCGACCAAGUUGGCUCUGCUGAUGUGAGAAAGUCUUCAAUUCUGCUACGUCUCUUCAAGCUCGCAUUCAUGGCGGUUACGCUAUUUGCUCCACAGAACGAGCAGGUACUCCUCCCACAUGUCGUCAACAUUGUCACCAAGUCAAUUGAGCUUUCAACAAAGGCUGAGGAGCCAAUCAACUACUUCCUGUUGCUGAGAUCCCUCUUCCGUAGCAUUGGCGGUGGCAAGUUUGAGCAACUUUACAAGCAGAUUCUACCUCUCCUCGAAAUGCUUCUUGAUGUUCUCAACAACCUCCUCAUGGCCGCAAGGAAGCCCAGCGACCGUGACUUGUAUGUCGAGCUCUUAGUUGCUUUGCGCGCGGGUACCGAUCUUGUUGGCCAGGGGCUGAGAACACUGGAGCUCUGCGUCGACAAUCUAACUGCAGACUACCUGGACCCCAUUAUGGCGCCAGUUAUUGAUGAGCUUAUGACUGCUUUGUUCGAUCACCUGAGGCCUCAUCCAUAUAACCACUUCCACGCUCACACAACCUUGAGGAUUCUGGGUAAGCUGGGCGGCAGAAACCGAAAGUUUAUGACGAAUGCAGUUCCUCUCAGGUACAAGGAAUAUGCCGAGGAUCCCAGCAGCUUCGACGUGCGUCUAAUUGGAUCGAAGAAAGACCGUGCCUUCCCUGCAGAAGUUGGAAUUGAUGCAGCGAUUCAGAAAUUGAUGGAGGUGCCCCGUAACUCUAAGAAUAACCAGUCGCGCCAGUUUGACGGCUAUUACAAACAGCAGGCUCUCCAGUUCAUCAAGGCAAACAUCAAACUCCGGAUUGGCUUCGACCAACUUCCCGACGACCUACCUCGUAUUGUACGACUUCAAGCACAGGAUUUCUUAGCUCGGAAACUGGAUGUUAACUUCGCGCCUUUUGAGAUCUCUGACCGCGAAAGAUCUAUUCCCAAGAAGGAGGAGCAAGACCAAAUAGUCAAGAGGCUUUUGAAGGCUGUGUUAUUCACACAGUCAAUGCCAGAAUUCCAAGAAGAGUCGCAGGCCUUCUUGCUCAAUAUCUGUCGUCAUUUCGCACUCAUUGAAGUCGGGCGUUCGUUGGUGGAGCUUAAGAAGCACAAUCCAUUCGAUCCGAAGGCGGGUGAGGGCCCUCUGUGCAUUGACACCAAGGUUCUUUCCGAGGCUAUCGUGGAGUCCCUCGCAUCCGAUCACCCCGAGGUCCGUGAAGCCUCCCAGAACUGCAUUCGGGAGCUAUAUGACUCCUUCGUGACUAUCUUGGGUUCCGAGGCCAGUGUCUGGCAUCUACCCUUCUUCAACCGCCUAAGUAGCACGUUCUGUCACAGCUGCUAUGAGGAAGAAUGGUUCACGAAGACUGGAGGCAGCCUUGGUAUCCACUUCCUGCUUACUGAACUGGAUCUAGGUGAUGCUUGGGUUGCAACGAAACAGACAGAGUUCAUCCGUGCCUUGAUGUACGUGAUCAAGGACAUGCCCCAGGACCUCCCUGAGAAAACCAGACGCCUUGCCCAGUCGAGUCUGAAGGUUUUGCUUGCGCGGAUCACAAAGAAUAUCAAGAAGGAGGACGCACUGCCCAUCCCACACCAGCAAGGUCAAGCGCCGCAGAAACAGCCCAGAUUGGCUCAGAUUUGUAUGUUGUUCAACAACGAGCUGUGCCACAUGAACAAGCACGUACGUGAGGCUGCAAGACAAUCCCUCGAGUUGAUCGCCAGUGCCGCCAGCUGCGAGGUCUGGGAACUGCUUGAGCCCUACAAAGAGAGAUUCCUGCAACCCAUCUAUGCUAAGCCCUUAAGAGCUUUGCCAUUUGUCACACAGAUUGGUUACAUCAAUGGCAUGACGUAUCAUCUCGGUCUUAAGAGUAAUUGGAUUCCGUUCGACGAGAAUUUGAACCGACUCCUCAUGGAAUCGCUCGCACUGGCUGACGCCAAUGAUGAGUCCCUCGCCAAUAAACCCGCCGAGUAUCGCACCCACGAGCACAUUGUAAACUUGAGGGUUUCCUGCAUCAAGCUGUUGAGUACUGCGAUGGGCUGCGAAGAGUUCGCCAACUCGCCAAGCAAGUCAAGGAUUCUGAUUGUGUACUUCAAAUGUCUCUACUCCGAGUCCAAGCCAACCAUUCUUGCUGCGCAUGAUGCUUUGAAGUCUGUUCUUAGUGUGGAUAGACGCUUGCCGAAGGACCUUCUUCAAGGUGGACUGAAGCCCGUUCUCCAAAGUCUUCAGGACCCCAAACGUCUCACGACUGCUGGCCUUGAUAACCUGUCCAGGCUUCUGAAGCUGCUGACAAGCUAUUUCAAGAAGGAAAUUGGCACUCGUCUACUUGAUCAAAUCGACCAUAUUGUUGAACCCAACAUGUGGCAGCAGAUUUCCUUUACGUAUUUUGAGCAGAAUUCUCAAAUGAAGGUCAUCGCCGCGAUCCUAAACAUUUUCCACUUGCUCCCAGCCCCUGCUGAGGAAUUCGAGGAGCGACUGAUUGAGUACUUCCUGACUCUUGAGGAGAGGCUUAGAAGAACACACCAUAGCCCAUUCCGACUCCCCAUAUAUCGAUACAUCAAUCGAUAUCCCAAGGAACUUUGGGCGUACUUGGCGGAUAAGCUAGGCGAGCUGAAAUACGGUCGCCUUCUGGCUCAAGCAGUUGCUCAUAACGAUAGCUCGCCGCUACGGGAAGUUGCCGUCGAAUCCAUUGAAGGCAUAAUGACUAAAUGCAAUGAACUCAUUGCACAGGGAGGAGAAGUUAAAUUCAUCGGAAUGAUUAAUGCUGUGCACAUUCUAGAGUCGAUGUGUCACUACCCGAAUGCAAGUACCUGGUUAGCCAAGAAGGAGGUCGUUUCUUGGCUGAAGACAAUUGGAAAGGAUUUCGAGCACCAUCAGCGAAGCUACACACUCCCAGCUCACCUUCGAUUGGCUUCUUAUCAGGCAUCCGAGCAGCUCAUGACGAUCUUGGUGAAGUCACUUGAGCAGACUCCCAAGGACUUGGACAGUCUUUUCAGUCUGGUCGCUUCAGUAACGGCAGAGGAGCUGCGUUCUACGCAGAAACUUUUUACUUUCCUUUACGAGCAUAUCAUUUCCGAUGACUCUGUUGAUUUUUGGAGGACAACAAUCCUCCGCUGCCUGGAAGUGUAUGCAGGGAAAAAUGACUCGAACAAGACGAAAUACUUCUUGUUGCAUUACAUUGUCAACCCGAUUGUUGCCAUGGAUGUGAUGAGGCACUGGCACACCCGAGAGCAGAACAAGACUCACAAGUUGAUUGAUCGCUCCGUCAUCGAAUCUGUCAGCACGAAAAUUUGGAAAGUUCCAACUAAUCCUGAGGGAACCGCUGAUGACCAAGCUCAGCCUGGUAUCGAUCACACUCGAUUUGAACUAUUACAGUUUUCCGCAAUGCUUGUCAAAUAUUAUCAUACAGCACUAUUGGAGGCGAGAAAGGACAUCAUUAAGUUUGGCUGGACCUUUAUUCGUCUUGACGACAUUAUCAACAAGCAUGCCGCUUAUGUUGUUAUUGGUUUCUUCAUCUCAAUCUACGAGACGCCAAUCAAGAUUGUUUCCCAAGUCUAUCUGUCACUGCUCAAAACGAAUCAGAAUGAGGGUCGCGCGUUAGUCACCCAAGCCCUCGAGUUGAUCGCUCCAGUGCUACCUAAAAGAUAUAGCGCUCAGGGUGGUGAGAGGUCACUGGCUUGGGCUAUGGCUCCUCGAAGGAUUCUUGCGGACGAGGGCCAGAAUGUGCAGCAAAUGACGAGCAUCUUCCACUUCCUUGUCAAAAACCCUCGCCUGUUUUUUGAUGCGCGCGACAAGUACAUGAUUCUCCUUAUCACGUCACUCCGGAAAGUUGCGGUACCCCCCAACCCGUCACACGAAAGCAGAAAGCUGGCUCUUAAUAUGAUGGACCUGAUCUGGACCUGGGAACAGUGGCGAGUUGAAGGCAAACCAUUUUCGGAGCAGGAAGUUCGAUCGGUCUCUGAAUCUCCCAACUCCAAGAAGCGGAAACUUGAGGGAGAGUCUCUUGGAGGACAACCCGCGGUAUCAACACCUCAGCAAACCGCCCCAGUCGAGAGACCUGAGUAUCAACUUCCACCAGUGUUCCGCCUUAAGAUGCUCAAGUAUCUGGUCGAAUUCAUCGCACAGCUGCAUGAGAGAUAUGAACUGCCUUCGGCGAAACCUCGUGUUGAGAACACCUCAGUACUCCCUCUUAGUCCCCCUCCAUCUGACCUCUGCAAGCGAGCCAUGGCCUUGUUCCAUCAUCUUGUCCAGCCUCGUUACUGGGGAGAUUUAGAACUGGAUUUGUUCCCGAACGUCACGGAUGUUAUCCUUGCUAGUGACAAAACACAGACGAUCCUCAACACGGAUCCGUCUGAUAAGGAGAAAUACGACGACAAGUUCCUCACUAAUAUCAUCAACACCCUUCAGGUUGUACGCAUUGUUCUCAACUCCAAGUCGGAUGAUUGGGUUCGAUCAAAUAUGCCAGCCGUGCAGAAGGUGCUAGAGAAGUGCUUGAAGAGUGAGAACCCUGAAAUUCAGGACUGCCUACACUCUGCCGACAAGAAGUACGAUGAUGGUAGGGAUCUCAAGCCUAUCAUCAAGCGAGUUCUCGAUGCUGUUCCAGAAGACACACCAAUGGACGAUGCGGAUGCCGAUGGCGAGCCAGAAACUCAAACGUCCGAAUUUAUAGCCCAUCUCUCACAGGUGGCGACUGAAGCGAUGAACAAUAGCUCAUACGUUUCUGGUGUCAACAUUCUGUGGUCAAUAGGCAACAGGAAACCUACCGUCAUCGACCAGCACAUUCCAUCCCUCAUGAAAGCUUUACAAAGCAAGCAUGCCAGGGAACAUGUCCAGCACUAUAAUAUAGUUGCCGGACAAGCUGCUGGGAUUAAGCAGCCCCCUAGCCAAGAUGCUAGCAACCCUCCUGUGGAAAUGAAUGCCCACGAUCUCGAGAUUCAAACAAGGAUCAUGAUCAAGGAGAUCCAGGUAGUGGCCUUGCGUAUGGAACAGCUUGGUGACCACAGACGACCUUUCCUGAGUGUCCUCGCGACUCUGGUAGAAAAGUCGAUGCACAUUGGAUUGUGUGAAGAGAUCCUGAGCAUGGUUCAGGGCUGGGUGUUCCGAUCAGAGGGAACCUGGCCCACGCUUAAGGAGAAGACUGCUGUUCUCCACAAAAUGCUGUCCUUCGAACAUCGACAAGAUCCAACUAUGCUGUCCAAGUUUCUGGAGCUUGUGAUUCAAAUCUACGAGGAUCCAAAGAUCACUCGUACUGAGCUAACUGUACGAAUGGAGCAUGCCUUCCUCAUCGGCACCCGUGCUGUUGACCAUCAGAUGCGCAACCGCUUCAUGACUAUCUUCGACAAGAGUUUGUCGAAGACAUCGAGUGCACGGCUUGCGUAUGUGCUAAACUCUCAAAAUUGGGACAUGCUGGCAGACUCGUACUGGUUAGCACAAGCCUCCCAGCUGCUGCUAGGCGGUGUUGAGAUGAGUACAAAUAUUCAGCUUCACCAUACCGACUUCAAGGUCUUGUCUGCUUCUCAGCUUGCUGCAGUCUAUUCAAAGGAGAAGGAGCACAGAGAACCAACACUGAUGUCAGAUGACAAAUUCGACACGUUUAUGGCUAAGCAUCGGCGAUUUAUGACAGAAAUUGGCGACGUCAAGGUUCGGGAUAUUAUCGAGCCUCUCAUUCAGCUGCAGCACAUUGAUUCUCAGCUGGCCCAUGAAGUCUGGGUCACUCUUUUCCCACUUUUCUGGUCUUCGACUGCACGGGACGAGCGAAUAGAACUCGAGCGUGGGUUGGUUGUUCUCUUAACAAAAGACUUCCAUAGCCGUCAGAUCGACAAGCGCCCUAAUGUGGUUCAGUCUCUUAUCGAAGGCGCAGCCAGAACGUGGCCUGAAUGUAAACUGCCUCCUCAUGUGUUAAAAUUCGCUGGAAAGACGUACGAUGCCUGGUACACCGCCAUGGUGCAACUGGAGAACGCUGCCAUCAAGCCAAUCAGCGAUUCGGCCAAGGUUCGUGAGAGCAAUCUCGAUGCUCUUGUCGAAAUGUACUCGUCUCUCCAGGAGGAAGACUUGUUCUAUGGAACAUGGCGAAGGAGGUCUCAGUUUAUGGAGACCAACGCUGCGCUUUCCUACGAGCAGAAUGGCAUGUGGGACAAGGCCCAGAAGUUGUACGAGAACGCUCAAAUCAAAGCAAGGACCGGAGUCAUUCCUUUUGGGCAGGCCGAAUACAUGCUCUGGGAGGAUCACUGGGUGUUGUGCGCACAGAAACUACAGCAGUGGGAGAUUCUUCAGGACUUUGCCAAACACGAGAACUUCCAGGACCUUCUCCUGGAAUGCGCCUGGCGCAACACGGAAAUGUGGCAGGAGGAACCACAGAGGGAUGCUGUCAACGCUGUGAUCCAAGGUGUUAUGGAUGCCCCUACGCCAAGACGCGCCUUCUUCCAGGCUUUCAUGUCUCUGCUCAAGUUCCACAAUGGACAAGAACCACAAAAUGAGUUUGUCCGUGUCUGCGAUGAAGCGAUCCAACUAUCAAUCCGGAAGUGGCACCAACUUCCUGAUCGGCUUACGAAUGCUCAUAUUCCCCUUCUCCAAAACUUCCAGCAACUCGUUGAGCUUCAUGAUGCCAGUGUUAUUUGCCAGAGCUUAGCCAACACCAACUCAACCAACCUCGAUGUCAAAUCUGGUGAGCUGAAGUUGCUUCUUGGAGCCUGGCGGGACCGAUUGCCCAACGUUUGGGACGAUAUCACGGCUUGGCAAGAUCUUGUCACCUGGAGGCAACAUAUCUUUGGUCUUAUCAACCAAACCUACCUUCAGCUGCUCCCCCCUCAAGGUCAACAAAACAGCAGUGGUGCCUCGUCAUUCGCAUACCGUGGCUAUCACGAAACUGCAUGGAUUAUCAACCGAUUUGCUCAUGUGGCACGAAAGCACAGUUUGCCUGAAGUAUGCAUCAGUCAGCUCAGUCGUAUCUAUACGCUACCCAACAUCGAGAUUCAGGAGGCAUUCUUGAAACUUCGUGAGCAGGCUAAAUGUCAUUAUGAGAAUCCAGAGGAACUCUCAAGUGGUCUUGAUGUGAUCAACAACACCAAUCUCAAUUAUUUCAGCCCUCAGCAAAAGGCUGAGUUCUAUACUCUGAAGGGUAUGUUCUUGGAGAAGUUGAACCAGAAGGAUGAGGCCGACAAUGCGUACGGCACAGCCUUGUACUUUGACAUCUCAGCUGCCAAGGCUUGGGCCGAGUGGGGAUACUUCAAUGACAGGAAGUUCAACUCGGAACCAACGGAUCUGAAUGCAGCCCGGCAAGCUCUGACAUCGUACCUCCAGGCUGCUGGAAGCUACAAGAAUGCAAAGUCUCGCAAGCUCCUUGCUCGUAUUCUUUGGUUACUGAGCCUGGAUGAUGCUAAGGGUUCCAUUGCCAUGGGUUUCGAGGAUUUCAAGGGCGAGACCCCGGUGUGGUACUGGAUUACCUUCAUUCCCCAGUUGCUUACCGGUCUUGGGCACAAAGAAGCGCCAAAGGUUUACCAGAUUCUCGUUAGAAUUGCAAAAUCCUAUCCUCAGGCUCUGUACUUCCAGCUUCGGACCAACCGGGAAGAUAUGCUCGUAAUCAAGAAGAGCCAGGAAGCGAAAGAGAAGGCCAGACAACGGGGCCUGGCGAACCAGGCUGCUGCCGCUGCUGCCAGUGGGAAACCCAAUGCUUCGCCCCAGCAGACGAAACAGGAACCUCCCAAGACUGAAGGGUCAACGUCGCGACCAGGUACUGCUGGCGGCAACGACACCACUCAGCCCAAGACAGAGGUGAAGACGGAAACCAAGGAAGAGGGCGCGCCGGCAAAUGCUACACCUACUCCUGCGAACGCAACGGCUCCCCAGAGUACAGAAAAGAAACCACCUUGGGAGCUCACUGAAGAAAUCAUGGCGGUUCUCAAGACCGCAUUCCCUCUCUUGGCCUUAUCAAUGGAGACAAUGGUGGAUCAGAUACAGAAGCAUUUCAAGUGUCCUCCCGAUGAAGAUGCAUACCGCCUUAUCGUUGCUCUUUUGAAUGAUGCCCUGGCCUAUGUCAGUCGCACUCCAGCCUCGUUUGCUAAGAGCGUCAAGCUGCCAUCUGCCACAGAACUGAACAUUACUCGCUUCGCGGAGACGAUUCUUCCUUCCCAUAUCAAGAAAUCCUUUGAGGCCGAUUUCGUCGAGGUCAAGCCCACCAUGUACGAAUACAUCCACAAGCUGCGAAAGUGGAGGGACAAGUUUGAAGAGAAACUUGAUCGCCGUGUCACCCGACAAUCGCUGGAAGCCUCGUCCCCGCACCUCAGUGAGUUCCGAUACCAGAAGUUUGACGAGGUGGAGAUUCCCGGACAGUACCUCCAGCACAAGGAUAAGAAUCAAGAUUUUAUUCGAAUUGAACGCUUCCUGAGCAAUGUUGAUCUGGUCCGAACCAUUAGCGGUUCGUACCGUCGACUGAAAAUGCGAGGACAUGACGGAAGCGUGCAUUCAUGGGCUGUGCAACACCCAGCCGCGAGACACUGCAGACGGGAAGAGCGUAUCCUGCAACUGUUCAGGGGCCUGAACCAGACCCUCAGCCGUAAGAAGGAGAGCCGUCGCCGCGACAUUCAAUUCACACUUCCGUUGAUGGUGCCCCUCGCCCCUCAUAUCAGAAUAGUGCAAGAAGACACAUCUUACAUCACCUUGCAAGGGGUAUAUGAGGAUCAUUGCAGGCGGAUGGGUAUGUCCAAGGACGAGCCUGUUCUGUUCACCAUGGAGAAGCUGCGUGGAGUGCUGGAGAUGAAGAUGACUAAUAAACCAGAGCAAACUGCUACUGCUCGACUGGAAGUCUUCAAUGCAAUCCAGGAGAAGUGGGUUCCUCAGACAGUAGCCCUCGAAUACUUCCAGAAGGCGUUCCCACACUUCACAGAAUUCUGGCUCUUCCGUCGGCAGUUCUCGUACCAGCUAGCGGCGCUUACGUUCAUGACAUAUAUUCUCUAUAUGCAUAACAGGUACCCGCAGAAGAUCAACAUCGCUCGUGGAUCCGGUAACAUUUGGGGAUCCGAGUUGAUGUCGUACAUGAGCUCAACGAAACCAUUCUUCCAGAAUCCCGAGCCUGUCCCCUUCCGGUUGACACCCAACUUGCAGGUUCUGAUGGGUCCUUUGGCCACCGAGGGUAUCUUUGCAUGCUCGCUCAUGGCUAUCGCACGAUGCCUUACAGAACCCGAGCAAGAGCUGGAACACGCACUAACCUUGUUUGUGCGGGAUGAAAUGAUCUUCUGGUUGCAGACCACGCAUAGAAACAGUAUUAGCGAGAACCAGCUCCGCGAGUCAGUUCAGGUCAAUAGCGAGUCUGUGGUCAAGAGGGCCAUCAGUCUAGCUCAUAAUCCUUCUGGCAAUCUACCUGCCAACCAGACAGUCAUCGAUGCUAUCGCUAAGGCUGUUAACCCGAUGAGUCUGGCGCAGUGCGAUGCUUUGUGGAUGCCUUAUCUAUAA